GGAACACCAGGUAUUUUGCAGUUGUGACCAUGUAUGGAGUAGAUCUUGUCAGCUCCAGGUUCUUGAGACGUUUCAGAUCUCCUUGGGGAAAUGCUGGCUGUAAAGACAAGAUCCUCCCCUUCAUAUAAGAAGCACUUUAUAUAGAAAGUUUCCUGGAGUAAGACAAGCCGAAUAGCUUCCCAGGAAAGAUGGCCAGCAGAAAAACCAAGAAGAAGGAAGGUGGUGCCAAACGGGCUCAAAGGGCUUCUUCUAAUGUAUUCUCCAACUUUGAACAAACACAGAUUCAAGAAUUUAAGGAAGCUUUCACACUAAUUGAUCAGAACAGAGAUGGCUUCAUUGAUAAAGAAGACUUAAAAGAUACUUACGCGUCCUUAGGUAAAACAAAUGUCAAAGAUGAUGAACUGGAAUCCAUGCUUAAAGAAGCUACUGGACCUAUUAAUUUUACAAUGUUUUUGAACCUGUUUGGGGAAAAGCUAAGUGGGACGGACACUGAAGAGACAAUACUUACUGCAUUCAAAAUGUUUGACCCAGAGGGUAAAGGAAACAUUAACAAGGAUUAUAUAAAACGUUUAAUGAUGUCACAAGGUGAUAAGUUUAGUGCUGAAGAGAUGGAUCAGAUGUUCCAGUCUUCUCCUAUUGAUGCAGGAGGAAACCUGGACUACAAGGCUCUCUGCUAUACCAUCACACAUGGAGAUGAGGAAUAAGCCUGUUUUUUUUGGGGGGGAAGCCAUUUCAAAAAUCUCUUG